GCUUGAGCAAUACAAUUAUCACAAACUUCAAUCAAAUCCCAAACGUUUACUGACCAGAUUCAUCAAAAGAAUAGAAAAAGAAAAAGCUCAGUUAUCAAGUCAACAUUUUCACACCCAAGAGUUACUCGUACAAAAGUCUUCAAAGCUUUAAAAGAAGAACUCAAAUCACUCAACCCCCCAUUCUGUCCUUUCAUCAAUGCCAGCAACAGCAGCCUAAUUUUGUACAACCUUAAGAGCAAACUAACUAAUCACUUCAACCAUUUUGGUGUCUUCAAACAAAGCAAAAUGGGGUUUUGUUUUUGGUUCUUCCUGGUUUUUAUACUUUGGCAAAUGAUGAAUGUUCCAACACAAGUAGCCAUUGCUGUUGGUGGUGGUGUUGGCAUCAAUAUUGGCAAUGGUGGCGGCGGCGGCGGUGUUUGGUUUGGUGGAGGAAUCAACAUCAACAACAACCCAACACCAUCUGGUCCUUCAGUGUCAAAGCUCAACAAUGCUUACACUGCUCUUCAAGCAUGGAAAUCAGCCAUCACUGAUGACCCUUUGGGGGUUUUAAAGACUUGGAAUGGCUCAGAUGUGUGCUCUUACAAAGGGGUCUUUUGUUCAGUAGAUUCAUCAAAUGAACCAUUUGUGGUAGCCAUAGAUCUCAACCAUGGUAACCUUCAAGGUACUUUAGUAAAAGAACUCUCUUUUCUUACAGAUAUCACAAUCUUUCACCUUAACAGCAACCGGUUUUCAGGGACAGUCCCUGAUACUUUCAAUGACCUUACUUCACUUCAAGAGUUGGAUCUUAGUGGCAAUUAUUUCUCUGGUUCUUUUCCUAUGGUUACUUUAUACAUACCAAAUCUUGUUUAUUUGGACCUUAGGUUCAAUAAUUUCUCGGGUACCAUUCCUGAAGAUUUGUUCUACAGAAGACUUGAUGCUAUCUUCCUCAAUAACAACCAAUUUGAAGGUGAACUCCCUUCAAACUUUGGGAAUUCACCAGCUUCUGUUAUUAACUUAGCUAACAACAAAUUCAAUGGGAACAUACCAGCUAGUUUUGGUUUCAUGCGUUCUAAAUUGAAAGAGAUUUUACUUUUGAACAACCAGUUAACAGGUUGUAUCCCACAAGGUGUUGGGUUGUUUUCAGAGAUGCAAGUCUUUGAUGUGAGCCAUAAUUCAUUGAUGGGUCAUUUGCCUGAUACUAUGUCUUGUAUGAGUGACAUUGAGGUCCUUAAUUUAGCACACAAUGAGUUAUCUGGUGUGUUGCCCGACAUUGUUUGUUCAUUAAGGAGCCUUAUGAACUUGACUGUUGCAUAUAAUUUCUUCUCUGGGUUUGGCCAAGAAUGUUCCAAGUCUUUUUAUAGGGAUGUGGGGUUUGAUUUCUCAUUGAAUUGUAUACCCGGGAGAGAUAUGCAGAGACCCCAGCCUCAGUGCAAUGUUAUCCCUGGAAGUGGGCUGAGUUGCUUGAGAAUCCCUUCUCCUCAGCCUCUAGUUUGUGGAGCAUUGUUUGAGAACUUGAACCCUAAUGUAACCCCCUCAUCGUCACCAUCUCCAUGAUCUCACCAUACAUGAAUUAACUGGUAUUGGUGCCUGUCAUUCAUUAAUAGCUCAUGUCCAGGGUUCAAAUUCACUUGCUUAAUGGGCCAAUAAUCUGGUUUAGUAACGUAAGGGCUAACCAGAUAGUGGAUGCCUUGACCUUCUGAGGAAGUCCAUGUUAUUUAAACUUCGAAAUGAAUCAAUGCUGAAAGCUAGCUAGCUUUUGAACUAUGUUAUGUUUGCUCAAUUCAUCUGGUUUUUUAAGUUUGAGCAAGAUCUGAUAAAGAUCAUCUUAUGAAAUGUAAGAUUUGUCUACCCAGUUCUAUGAAAGAAAUUUGGUGUGUAAGCCUUUUUGAUAAA